AUGGGCGGCAACGUAUGGUUCAUCAGCGGCGCCAGCAGCGGCUUCGGCAAGCACAUCGCACAAGAAGCGCUCUCGCGGGGCGACGCGGUGAUCGCGACUUCGAGGAAGGGCACGACGCUCAAGGACCUCGAGGCCGCAGGCGCACUGCUGCUAGACCUAGAUGUGACGAGCGACGACGCGACAAUCCAAGUGGCGUUCCAGGCCGCCGGCGACAAGCACGGCGCCAUCACGCACUUUGUCAACGCGGCCGGCUACAUCCUGACGGGGGCGAUCGAGGCGAUAUCGGCGCAGGAGGCGUUCGACAGCUUCAACAACAACGUGUUGGGCGUCAUGAACAUGAGCCGCAACCAGGUGGCGUACCUGCGGCCGCGGCGCGCCGGGGGCGUCAUCGCCAACUUCGGCAGCGUCGGGUCGUGGUACGGCGGCGCGGCCUUCGCGCACUACGCGGCGGCCAAGUGGGCCGUGUCCGGGUUCACCGAGUCGCUGCACGAGGAGGUCAAGGAGUUCGGCAUCAGGGCGACGGUCAUCGAGCCGGGAUACUUCCGGACGGGCUUCCUGAACGAGGGCGGUGGCAACUGCCGGAGCCCGCGGAACGAGAUGCGCGACGAGUACACGGGCACGGGGGUUGCGGGCGUGAUGGACUUCCUCGGCCAGGCGAACCGCAACCAGCCCGGCGACGUAGUCAAGGCUGCCAGGAUCAUCGUCGAUGUGCUGACGGGGACUGGCGUGGCGGCGGGCAAGGAGUUCCCGAUCCGGCUGCUGUUGGGACCCGAUUGUGUCCGGGAUGUCAAGGCCAAGAUGGCGCGGACGGAGGCGCUCAUCAGGGAGUGGGAACCUACCAUCACGUCCACUGACCACGAGGAUGUCAAGAAGGCUUAG